AUGUUGCGGCUGGACCUGAACCGCGUGCCACCGACAGAAGAGAAUGUUCGACCUGCCCAUGUUGUUGUCGAUCCAAAUGACGAUGAUGAUGAUGAUGUCGUUGAACUCUCACCAAGAACAUUUGCUCAGCAUCGAACAUUUAUAGGAGUUCAAAUUGAUUUGCUUUUACAGGGUGAAAAUAAGGCACCUGAACCUCCCAAGAAGCCUGAAUUUGAUUGUCCAAUAUGCAUGAGUCCUUUUGUAGAGCCUGUGUCCACAAGGUGUGGUCAUAUUUUUUGCAGGGAAUGCAUCAACACUGCAAUAACUACCCAGGGUAAAUGCCCUUCCUGCAGAAAGAAGGUUACAAGGAACCAACCCAUCAGGAUUCAUGAAUUAGUUUGCCCUAACUGGUUGGUGUUUUGUGAUUCAACAGGAGAUCUCUGUCCAGGGCUUAUGGAGGAGAAUGAUGAAUGCAAGAUUGAUAAUGGGCAUAUUAGAAGCAACCCAUGUGGGUUCUCUACUUUUUUUACACUAAAGAAUUGGAACGUGAAGGUUCAUCCUGACGCUGAGGCCAAACAACAGUCACCACGUUUCACGCGUUUAUUGGUUUAA